GUCGGUACAUGCUUCGAAGCAUUGAUGAUUCGAAUCCCGAGGUUUGAAAACACCACACCACCACAAAGGACAGCAACAGAAAAAGACAACUUUCAGUUUCAGGACUAAAACGUUUAUUGAACUCACUAGCAAGUCAUGCUCCUUAUAGAUCCAUGUCUUUACAUUGGGACUGCAGCUGACCUCAAUGACAGCCAAGCACUGGUCCAGGCAGCUGUCACUCAUAUCCUGUCUGUGGACUCAGUAGACCCCACCUCUCUGCUUCCUGCUGAUGGGACAUUCUGCAGGAAAUGGGUAAAUGUAUUGGAUGAAGUAACAUCUGACCUCCUAAGUCACAUGGAUGACUGCUAUCUGUUUAUUCGGGAAGCUGUUGAUGGAGACGGGGCUGUACUUGUUCACUGCCAGGCCGGGCGGAGUCGUAGUGCUACUGUUGUAACUGCUUAUCUAAUGAAGAGAUACCAGCUGGACUUCACUGAGGCGUACCACAGACUGAAAAGUGUCAAAUGUGAUGUACAGAUCAACAGAGGUUUUGAAGAGCAGCUUCAUCUCUAUGAGAGCAUGCAGUGUGAAGUGGACAUGUCUAGUCCUCUGUACAAACAGUACAGACUGACCAAGCUCACUGAGACAUACCCUGAACUGCAGCGCAUUCCCCGGGAGGUUUUUGCUGUUGACCCCGCUCACUCCAGCUCCCUUGAAGUGUCCUACAGAUGCAGGAAAUGCAGACGCACUCUUUUCCGCGGUUCCAGUAUUCUGAGUCAUACAGUAGGAGAUGGAGCUUCAGCUUUCAGGCACAAGAAGUCCAGCAACCUCUCUGGAGAUGUCCAGUGCACAUCAUACUUCAUUGAACCCGUCCAGUGGAUGGAACAAGCACUGCUUGGAGUGAUGGAUGGUCAGCUGCUUUGUCCGAAGUGUAGCUCGAAGCUGGGCUCAUUCAGCUGGUGUGGUGAUCAGUGUUCGUGCGGCCGCUGGGUCACUCCUGCCUUCCAGCUGCACCGUAAUAGAGUGGACCAGAUACAGCAACUCAAAAUGCAUAAAUAACACACGCACACACACUGUGACACAUUGAUGCACUCUGCAGGCAGAAGAUAUACACACUUGGUGACACAUCACUACACAGUCACUUAAUAUAUGACAAUGACUUUUUGCAAACUUUUGUUACACAAAAUUAAUAAAUAAAUACAU